GGGAACACCAAAGACUCAAUGGAGCAGGACAUAGAGAGCCCUGUCACUAUUCAUCAACCAAAGUUGCCCAAACAAGCUAGAGAGGAUCUGCCAAAAAAUCUAAACAAAGAAUGUGCCAAGAGAAAAAUCCAGAGGUAUGUUAGGAAAGAUGGGAAAUGCAACGUCCACCACGGGAAUGUCAGAGAGACUUACCGGUACUUGACUGACAUCUUCACUACCUUAGUCGAUCUCAAGUGGAGGUUCAACCUGUUGAUUUUUGUCAUGGUUUACACUGUGACUUGGCUCUUCUUUGGAAUGAUCUGGUGGCUAAUUGCCUACAUGCGAGGAGACAUGGAUCACAUAGGGGACAGCACGUGGACCCCAUGCGUCAGCAACCUCAAUGGGUUUGUCUCAGCCUUUUUAUUCUCAAUCGAGACAGAAACCACCAUUGGGUAUGGUUACCGGGUCAUCACGGACAAGUGUCCCGAGGGAAUUAUCCUGCUGUUAGUGCAGUCUGUUCUAGGUUCUAUCGUCAACGCCUUCAUGGUUGGCUGCAUGUUUGUGAAAAUAUCCCAACCCAAGAAGAGGGCAGAAACCUUGGUGUUUUCUACCAACGCAGUUAUUUCCAUGCGGGAUGGAAAGCUGUGUCUGAUGUUCCGAGUAGGAGACCUUAGGAAUUCCCACAUUGUAGAGGCAUCAAUACGAGCCAAGUUGAUCAAAUCCAAACAGACAAAGGAGGGGGAAUUUAUACCACUCAACCAGACAGAUAUCAACGUAGGUUAUUACACAGGGGAUGAUCGUCUCUUUUUGGUUUCACCACUGAUCAUCAGCCAUGAGAUUAACCAGCAGAGUCCUUUCUGGGAGAUUUCCAAAGCCCAGUUGCCCAAAGAGGAGCUAGAAAUUGUUGUAAUCCUAGAAGGAAUGGUGGAGGCAACAGGGAUGACCUGCCAAGCUCGAAGCUCAUACAUCACGAGUGAGAUCCUGUGGGGUUAUCGCUUCACUCCCGUCCUCACCCUGGAGGAUGGAUUUUAUGAAGUUGACUACAACAGUUUUCAUGAAACCUAUGAGACCAACACCCCAGUUUACAGUGCCAAAGAGCUGGCAGAGAUGGCCAGUCGAGCAGAACUGCCCCUGACAUGGUCUGUUUCCAGCAAGCUGGACCAACAUGCUGAGCUGGAAACUGAGGAGGAAGAGAAGAAUCAAGAAGACCAAAAUGAAAGAAAUGGUGAUGUGGCCAACUUGGAGAAUGAGUCCAAAGUGUAG